AUGGUAUCCGACGAAUCGUUCGUGAGUGCCAUCCGCGCGAAUGCCGCGCUGCUGCGACUCUCCGGCGUAGUGUCGUACAAGAACGGGAAGAUCCGCCGAACGAAUUCGCAGAACGUUCUCAGCGCGAUCUCUUACGGUUGCCUAUCAGCGUACGCGAUCCUCUACACAUACGAAUUCGCGCUGCAUACCGUUUACCUCGACACCUGGACGGAGUCGUUCGCGAUGAUACUCUCCCUCGUGGGCGGACAGGCGCGAUUCACCCUCGUCCUUCUGUUCCGCAGCAGAUUCCAGCGAUUGCUGGCGAUCUGCGAGGAGCUCUGGACCUCGUUGAACGCGGACGAGAAGAGAUGCGUGCGCGAUUACGUGAAGGCGACGAGACGUCUGACCUAUUAUUAUCUAUUCGGAUGCGCCUUCACGACUUUUUACGCCGUCGCGAGUCUCUUCAUGGGUCAGCACGGCUCGUCAAACACGACGACGAGAACCCUGCCCUACGCUUGUCCGGUUCAGGUUCAUCGGUCACCUUAUUACGAGAUCAUGUACGUCCUACAAUUGAGUAGUAUGAUCAACGUCGGUCUUACCUGUGCUGCUGCCGAUACCAUUGGCCCGGUGCUUAUCCUGACGGUUUGCGGCCACUUCAAGGUCCUCAAUUCGCGAAUCUUGUGCCUCGGCCAUCGUCGCGAUCGGCUGUAUCGGGAUAAUUCGGCGUUUCCGACGUCCGCGGAAUCUCUCGAGAUGAUGCAUGGUGUUGUACCGAAAAACUGUGCGAAAUCCGAUCUCGAAGCCUACGUACUCUAUCAUCAAACGGUACUCGAAUUUUGCAAAGAAGUGGAAAAACUCACCAGCGGCAUGUUUUUAACGCAGCUUGUCGGCAGUACGUACAAUGUCUCUCUUGUGGGAUUUAAAUUAGCAGGGGAUGAUCCUGAUAAAUUUAAAUACACAACCCAACUGUCAAUUGCUAUCAUUCAAUUAUUUUUAUGUAACUGGCCGGCGGACGUCCUUCUCACCGAGAGCCAAGAUAUAGCAAAAGCGGUGUACUUUACACCGUGGUAUCGUUUUCCGUAUCAGUUAAAAAGAUCUCUAAAUAUUAUCACGAUGAGAACGCAGAAACCAGCGCAAUUGACCGCCGGACAUAUCAUUCCAUUAUCCUUGCAAACCUUCGCGUCCAUGGUAUCAUCCGCGGCAUCUUUUUUCACCAUGAUACGCAGUAUGAAUUGA